UGUGUCUGUUCUCAUCCCGGCUGCAGUCUGUGUCUGUGCAAGGAGCUGGACUCACUCUGGAUUACUGAACCCCUUUUUACUGAAGAUCUGCAAAAGAAAAUCCGUUUCGUUCCCUCGUUGAUUCUUUAUUCCUUUUGGACUGAAAAGAAAAAAAUGCGUCUGAUCCAGAACAUGACGACCAUCGCGGAGUGUGAGCACCGGGCGCCCAACAGGGUGAUGAAGAUAGCGGUGAUAGGCGGCAGCGGAGUUGGCAAAACAGCGCUUGUUGUGAGAUUCCUCACCAGACGCUUCAUUGGAGACUACGAGAGAAAUGCUGGUAAUCUGUACUCCAGAGAGGUCCAGGUGGACGGAGAGCAGGUGACCAUCCAGGUGCAGGACACUCCUGGUGCAGAGAUGACAGAUAAUGGAGUGAGUCUACCUGACCAUGUGAGCUGCUCCAUCCAGUGGGCCGAUGCUGUGGUGCUGGUUUACUCUGUGACAGACCGCCGCAGCUUCGACCAGAUCCAACAGCUGCACCAGCUGGUUACUCGCACCGGUGGCGCUAACUUGCCCCCUGUGAUCCUGCUCGCCAAUAAGGCGGACCUGGUGCACCUGAGGGGUGUGGACGCUCAGCAGGGCCCCCUGCUGGCUGGAACUCUAGGCUGCUCUUUCUACGAAGUGUCUGCCAGCGAGGACUACAGCCAGGUGCACGACGCCUUCCACAGGCUGUGCUGCCAGCUCGCCAAGCGCCCGCCGCCCACCUCCAACUCCUCAAACAACUCUGUUGGCGCCGCCACGGAGAAGCGGCGCUUGCCCCUUAUCCCCAGGCCCAAAUCUCCCAACAUGCAAGACCUGAAGAGACGAUUCAAGCAAGCGCUGUCCGCCAAAGUCAGGACUGUCACCUCGGUGUGAGGACAAGAUGGAAGUGGUUCUGAGCAGCCACAGAGAGAGUAAAUUAAGAGGUCAGAGAUGAUCUGUGCUUCUUCACUGAAGUCCUGUUCCAGCCUGGCUGAAGAAGACAGGACUGAGGGGAACGGUGGUGACUCCAGUGUGGUGGGAGGCCGAGGUGAACGACCUCUGAGUGAGCAGGAGUCUGUCCUGACCACAUGUGAGAGGAGAAGCAGGGAGGAGGCUCAUCGUCCGUUCAGGAGCAGAGGAGACGGGAGAGGCCACAGCUGCAGCUGCAUGAGGGUGACUGAUCCCUGACUGAGCUCCUUCAAUCCCAAACUGGAAACCAAGCUCUCCUGGAAACAGCAGCUCUCAAGGACUCUGCUGCUAAUUUUGAGCUUCUCUGCCCGUUGUGGCAAUUCAGCCGCACGGCUCGGCUCAAUGAUGGAACAAUUAUACACCAGCUGCUCCAGCCAGAGCUCUGUACAGCUGGGUGUGUGUUAGUGUGUGUGUGUGGGGGGGGGUUGUAUCGGGUCAACCAAUGCAGCAUGUAGCAUGUGACAUUAUUAUGACUGAUGCACUUUAUGAAAAAAAGACCAAAGGGCCUAUUUUUAUUUAUUUGUAACGAAUUCACCGUGUGUUCACAAUAAAUUGAUGAUGAAUUUGA